AGUAAGCAUAAGCAGCCAAAAACAAAAACAAAAAACAUCUUCCUUAGUUCGUGGAGUUUUACACUCUUUUGGAACUUCUGAGAGAAGCAGUGUUUGUAUACAAGACCUAAGAUCGAGUCAGACUUUAUGUAUUACCAAAACCAGCACCAAGGAAAGAGCAUCCUCUCUUCUUCAAGAAUGCACAUAAGUUCUGAGAGGAAUCACUUCCUCAGAGGGAAUAGUCCAGGAGAUUCUGGACUCAUCCUUUCGACCGAUGCAAAGCCACGCCUUAAAUGGACUCCCGAUCUUCACGAGAGAUUCAUUGAAGCAGUCAAUCAGCUCGGUGGAGCAGAUAAAGCUACUCCUAAGACAAUCAUGAAAGUCAUGGGUAUUCCUGGCCUUACCUUAUACCAUCUCAAAAGCCAUCUUCAGAAAUACAGGCUGAGCAAGAAUCUCAACGGACAAGCUAACAGUGGCUUGAACAAGAUAGGUAUGAUGACCAUGAUGGAAGAAAAGACCCCUGAUGUAGACGAAAUUCAGAGUGAGAAUCUAAGCAUUGGACCACAGCUAAACAAGAACUCGCCAAUAAAUGAAGCACUGCAAAUGCAAAUAGAGGUCCAAAGAAGGCUCCAUGAGCAACUUGAGGUACAGCGACAUUUGCAGCUCAGGAUAGAGGCUCAAGGGAAGUACCUGCAAUCGGUGUUGGAGAAAGCACAAGAGACUCUUGGAAGACAGAACCUGGGUGCAGCUGGAAUCGAAGCUGCCAAAGUUCAACUCUCAGAAUUGGUAUCUAAAGUAUCAGCAGAGUACCCAAACUCUAGUUUCCUAGAACCAAAAGAAGUUCAAAACCUAUGCCCACAACAAGGUCAAACAGCCUAUCCACCUGAUUGCUCUCUUGAAAGUUGCCUGACCUCAAGCGAGGGAACGCAGAAAAACCCGAAAAUGCUAGAGAACAACAGAUUAGGACUAAGAACAUAUCUUGGUGAUUCAACAUCCGAGCAGAAAGAGAAUAUGGAAGAACCAUUGUUCCAAAGAAUGGAGCUCACAUGGACAGAAGGUCUAAGAGGGAAUCCAUACCUUUCGACAAUGGUUAGUGAAACAGAACAAAGAGUAUCAUAUUCAGAGAGAAGUCCAGGUAGAUUAUCAAUAGGAGUCGGGUUGCAGGGACACAAAGGUCAUCAACAAGGCAACAAUGAGUAUACAGACAAAAGUGAGGAUCAUAAGUUUGAAACACGAAACCACAGGAAAGGCACGGAUUCAACAACAGAGCUAGAUCUCAACACACAUGUUGAAAACUAUAGUUCAACGCGUACGAAACAGUUCGACUUGAAUGGUUUCAGCUGGAACUGAGAAAGGAUUAACCAAAAAGUUAGAAGACAGUUUCAAUCAUUUCUGGGUUCACAAAGGAGAAGAAACCUAUUAGGGAACUCCUCGAUCCAAAGAUACAUUUUGAGUCAAGAUUCUUGAUUGAGGAUAAUGUACCAAACUAUUCAUUGUUUAUAUACAGUACCUCCGUUCCCAUUCAUAUAUACAGAGAAUUACCUAACUUGAUAGACA